AUGCCUUUUCGCUUCUCUGAACUCGCAAAGAGAGGUAAGUCUGUGUCCAACUCCGGAGCGUUUGAAGAAGAAGAAGAAGCCACAGCAAGACCUAUGACCACGGCGCGCAGCUCCUACGCAUACAGUGACUACGUCAGUGAGGACCUCAACGACUAUACCAGUGAGUACGCAUACGAUGUCCGCGACUCAAAGCUCAAGUCGAACUCAAGUGGUCUUCCACAGUCCGCCGUGUCACUGCGAGUAGGUCCAAGACGACCAGAUCGGACCGACACUCCCGCCCCAGCCAGCAUCUACUACGACAACGGCACGGGUGUCCUCCACGCAAACUUCGUCCGCGACCAGGGCCUGCCGCCGCACGUGCGCACGACGGCGCAACUGGCCGAGUUUAUCAGGAUGCGCGAGGACAGCAGCAACGGCUUGGAGGACGGGGGAGCAGCACCACCCGCAUCCUUCUUCUCCACGUCCUCUUCGUCGUGUUAUUCUUCGCAUUCAUCGUCGUCGUCAUCCAACUCUAACCCUCCCUCUCCGAGUCAAUCUACCGGACCCAUGUACCACCAUGGACCAGCGUCGAGAUCUCAUGAACGUAUUCGAGUGACAGCAGCAGCGGCGGCGGCGGCGGGAAUUCUAAUUCGACACCACCACGUCGCGCGACCCAUCGUCCGCGUCCGCGUCUUACCCGGCGCGACACGUACGUAUAGGUACCAAGGGUUCUGGCUCAGACGUGGGACGAUGCGCAAGACCAACAACUCCGAGACCGAGUCUGGCAAGAAGGAGAAAGGCGGGAAAAAGCGGGCCGAGAAAUCAAGGAGGUGA